UUGAAGGCUCAGAUACUCCACGACUGUGGGUACUCAAACCACCACCAGCACUCAGGGAGGUUAAUGGCGGGGUUCCAGUUGUCCCAGGUCAAAGUCAGCUGGACAGCAUUUGUGGUUCUAGCCCACUUCACAUACCUACUGCUUGGGGCCACAGUCUUCCAGAUACUGGAGCGAGAGGCUGAGAGAAAUAGCCGUAACCAUUUCCAAGUGGAGAAGCUGCAUUUCUUGGCUAACUAUACCUGCCUGGAUGGACCAGCCUUGGAGAAGUUUGUUCAGGUGAUUUUGGAUGCCUGGGAAAAGGGAGUGAAUCCCUCAGGCAACUCAACAAGCCCCAGUAACUGGGAUUUUAGUAGCUCUUUCUUUUUUGCAGGCACUGUAGUCACAACAAUAGGUUAUGGGAACCUUUCGCCUAGCACUGUGUCUGGUCAGGUGUUUUGUGUGCUUUACGCCCUCUGUGGGAUCCCACUGAAUCUGGCCUUCCUCAAACAGCUGGGGAAGUGUCUCACCAUCCACCUGGGUCAUCUGGAGAGGAGGAUGGUCUCAAUUGUUCCACACAAGAAAACAGUUGAGGCUCUGGCAGUGAGUUUAUUCUUCAUCACUGGCAGCCUGCUGUUUCUGGUCAUCCCUUCUCUGCUGUUCAGUUACGUGGAAGGUUGGACGUUUGGCGAGGGCUUCUAUUAUGCCUUCAUUACCCUCAGCACCAUUGGUUUUGGAGAUUAUGUGGUGGGGAAUGAUCCAGGGAAGGAGUACAUCUCUCUGUACCGUAGCCUUGCAGGCAUAUGGAUCAUCUUUGCCCUGGCUUGGCUUGCUCUAAUCCUCAACAUGGGAGCCAGAGUCAUGGAGCAUGUGGUUGUCCUGACUCAGCCAGGCUUUAAGAAACAACAGGAGGAAGAGGAAGUGUGAUCCAAUAAACUAGAAACUAAAUCCAUAAACAAGGGUAGCAUCUACUGAAUGUAUCUAUUACUAAUUUGUUCUGUGAAGCUUAGGCUGGAAAACCUUUUGUGUGUACAGUACAACUUUAUUUCAGUUAGACCAAAACGUCACUACACUUGACUAGGGUAAAUAUCUUCAUAAUUAUGUGUUUAAUUGUAUUUUUUUUAGAUAUAUGUAUGCACUUUGUAUUCUA